UCUAGGGCGUGGAGAAGAGGUGUGAUCGGCGACGCCCCGAUGGCGACGGUGGGAACAGACGCUACCACCAUUGAUCGCUUUCUAAACUGUGACUACGGGAAAUGGGGCUUCUCUUCCAAGGUGGAGUCCGUAUCAAUCCCCAAGGGGCUGUCCGAGGAGACGAUCCGCCUCAUCUCCAGCAAGCGCCAGGAGCCGCCAUGGAUGCUCGACUUCCGGAUGGACGCCUUCCACAAGUGGCAAAAGAUGGCACCGCCCUCGUGGUCCGAGCUUCGCCACCCGCCCGUUGACUUCCAGGACAUGAGCUACUACUCGGAGCCCAAGCCCUCGGAGCACGCCGCCAUCGUCGACGCAUACCAGCGCCUGGGCGUUGACCUGGGGCCGCCACCCGAGUCAACGCCUGGGUCUAAGCCCAGGUCAAUGGCCGUUGACGCCGUCUUUGACAGCACGUCCGUGGCGUUGACCCACCACCGGGAGCUCGAGGACGGCGGUGUCUUCUUCCGCUCGCUCUCCCAGGCCGUGCGCGAGUUCCCGGAGGUCGUCCGGGACAACCUCGGCCGCGUGGUUCCGGCCUCGGACAACUUCUACGCGGCUCUCAACUCGGCGGUGUUUAGCGAUGGAUCAUUUUGCUACGUGAAGGCCGGGGGAGGAGUGAGCAUCCCUCUUUCCACGCAGUUCCGGAUCAACGCGCCAGAGACUGGGCAAUUCGAGCGAACUUUGAUCGUGGUCGAGGAGGGUGGUCACCUGACGUACCUCGAGGGCUGCACGGCCACGGCUCACGACACAAACCAGCUCCAUGCCGCGGUCGUGGAGCUCUACUGCGCGAGGAACGCAAAGAUCGACUACUACACGGUGCAAAACUGGUACUCCGGUGAUCAGCAGGGACGCGGUGGGAUUUACAACUUCGUGACCAAGAGGGGACUUUGUGACGGAGAGAAGUCGGAGAUAUCGUGGUCGCAAGUUGAGACUGGCUCCGCGAUCACUUGGAAGUAUCCUAGCGUUGUGCUGCGAGGCGAUGGCUCCGUGGGGAAGUUUCACUCGGUGGCAUUGACACAAAACCAGCAGCAGGCCGACACGGGCAGCAAGAUGAUCCAUCUUGGGAAGAACACCAAGAGCUUCAUCGUGAGCAAGGGAGUCUCGGCUGGAAACUCCACGAAUUGCUACCGGGGGCUCGUGCAGAUCCAGCCCUCGGCAGCUGGAGCCAGGAACUUCUCGCAGUGCGACUCGCUGCUCAUUGGAAACAAGUCUACUGCGAGCACCUUUCCAGUCAUCCAGGGACGGAAUCCGAGCUCCCGGAUCGAGCACGAGGCGAGCACGUCCAAGGUGAGCGACGAGCAGCUGUUCUACUUCAGGCAGCGAGGCAUCAGCGAGGACGUAGCAGCAGCAAUGAUUGUGAGCGGGUUCUGUCGUGAUGUCGUGGACCAGUUUGUUGGAGAGUUUGAGAGGGAGCUUCCCGAGCUUCUCAAGAUGAAGCUCAAGGGCUGCGUUGGUUAGAAGAGAGAGAAUGAGCGAAGUCAUCAAAGAAUUGUGUUGAUGAAUUUUGCUUUAAAGCUCAAGAAGGUUAGAUUG